AUGCCCCCACCUUCCCCUCCACACUCUCCCACCUUCCUCCCUCUCGAGCUGCUCGAAUCCCAGCUCGAAGCUUUGGACCUCCUCGAAUCGCUCUAUCCUUUACAAGAUGAAUUCGAACUGAUUACCCCACCUACGAGGGAAGGAGUGGAGGAACUGAGGGGAUCGUUAUCUUCGAUCACGAGCACGACUCGUUCUUCUUCAACAAGGAUGAAGAGAUGGGAUCGUUUGACAUUUCGAAUUCGGCUCGACUUCUCCGAUGGGAAAGGACUUGGACAAGCGGAGGUAUCGAUGGGCUUGCCGUUACACUUCGACCCUUCGUCCUCCCCCAGGGCGACUCAACGUCUCGUCCAAGCGACCCUGCAUCAACCUUCUUGGUUACCAAGGGGGGGACAUACAGCUCUUUUGGAGAGACUGCCGAUAUCCCCUUUGUUAAUCGAGGCUCAAGUAGGGGACGCGGCGCAGUUCUUGAUCGAUUGGCUUCAAGUCGUUAGGGAGGGACUGGCCGGACGGUGGAAGGAGCGCGGCGCUGAGCUCGAGUCCGUGGAGUCGACAACGGAGAUUGGAGGGAUAGGGAAGGACAAAGGGGUUGAGGAAAUUUUCAGGGUGUGGUUCCUUUUUCAGUCCUUGUCGACGCGGGAAAAGAGGGAGGAUAUUGUGAGUCUUUCUCCGAGGCGGGCCGAGGAGGCGAGCGGUUUCGAGAGUCGGGACCAGCCUAACGGUGGGAUUGGAGCUGACGACUAUUUCAUCCUGAUUUGUGAUUUAGGUCAAUUGGGCUAAGGAAUACCACCUCACCGGAUUCGUAUUGGCCGGUAUGUAUCCCGACUUUGACCCUCGUCGCCCAUCUGAUCGACAGGUAGACUGACCCCCCUACAUCUCUCGGCACCCCCUCCCCCUACUACCUCGAUAGGCAAACCCGCGCUUCUCUGCCUCGAAGGCGAAUCCAACAAGAUCGAUCAGUACAUGAGUGAGAUCAAGAGUGUAUCAUGGAGUGAUAUACCCAGUUUCCAAAAGAAGGUGCGCGCACUCCAAACGGUCUUCACCUCGGACGCGCAAAAAGUUAAAAAAAAACACAAAUUCCUCACCGUUACCUUCGGCCUUCUUCCUACCAGGUCUCCGAACGCCAUCGCAUUCCCAUCACAUCCCGCAUAUUUUCAAACAUGUCCGAAAUCACGUCUUUGAUUGAGAAAGGGGGUUUCAGGAAUAAUAGGAUCGAGAUGGGGCAGGUGAAGGAGUAUCUGGUCGGCAAGGGGUUGGGGGAGGUGUUUGGCUUGGUGGUGGCGGGGGGAAGCUUUACUUAG